UGUUCACCAGCUCAUGAAUAUUAAGUAGAUGGUGGAGCCAUAAAGCCUCCCCUAACAGCAGCGCGGCCACAUACUGCCUGGCGCAACUUCUCACAGAGCUUCAGUAGUACUUUUGGUUUUCAAAGGCGGCGGUUUGAUUUGGACUGAGUCAGUUUAAAUUUCAGAAAAGAAACAUGGCUUUGCGAGGACCUCUAUUCCGUCUUCUCCGGACUCAACUCAGCCACACUUGCCAGCAAAGCAGAGCUCAAUCCGUGGCUGUGCUGGGCGCCCCGUUUUCAAGAGGACAGAAAAGAAGAGGAGUGGAACACGGCCCUAAAGUAAUCAGAGAUGCGGGACUCCUCGACAGGCUCUCCGGUUUGGACUACUCUGUCCACGACUUUGGCGACCUCAACUUCCACCACCUGGAGAAGGAUGAACCAUACAUGAAUGUACAGUCCCCUCGCACUGUGGGUGCAGCAAAUAAGAUACUGGCUGGUGCAGUGAGCAGAGCGGUUGGUGCUGGUCACACCCUUGUCAUGCUGGGUGGUGAUCACAGCCUUGCUGUUGGAUCCGUGGGAGGCCAUGCCCAGCAGUGUCCUGACCUGUGUCUCAUCUGGGUUGAUGCUCAUGCAGAUGUAAAUACGCCCAUGACUUCUCCGUCAGGAAACCUCCACGGCCAGCCUGUGGCAUUCAUGCUCAAAGAGCUGAAAGACAAGAUGCCAGAUAUCCCAGGGUUCUCCUGGAUGAAGCCAUUCCUCUGCUCGAGGGACCUGGUAUACAUUGGGCUGCGGGACGUUGACCCCGGAGAGCACCACAUCUUGAAGGACCUGGGUAUCCAGUACUUCACCAUGAGGGAUAUUGACAGACUGGGCAUUCAAAGGGUCAUGGAAGUCACUCUUGACCAUCUCCUGGCAAGAAAACAGCGACCGAUCCACUUGAGCUUUGACAUUGAUGCAUUCGACCCAUCUCUGGCUCCAGCCACAGGAACGCCAGUGAACGGAGGUUUGACCUACAGGGAGGGAAUCUACAUCACAGAGGAAAUCCACAACACAGGUCUGCUGUCAGCAAUGGAUCUGGUAGAAGUUAACCCUGUGCUGGGUGCCAACCGUGAAGCCAUGGAGGCCACUGCCUCUUUAGCGGUCGACGUCAUCGCGUCUUCUCUGGGACAGACAAGAGAAGGCGCUCAUGUGUCCAUUGAUGAGAUUCCCCCUGUGAAGGACGACACAGAGCAGCUGCGCCUCUGAGAGUAUGAAGCAAAGCAAAGGACUUGCAUCCCUGAGUAUUCCGCAACAAAGACUAAAACUAACAGCACCUGAAGUUCUUGUUCUCAUCUCUUUGCUGUUCAGUGUUGAAUGAUGAAAACAAAAUUAUGUCUGGGUUCAUAAAAAUAUAAGAUUUGAGGAGAAACGUUCAUAUUAAUAAUGGUGACAAUAGCCUGUGACAUAAUUUUGAAACCACUACACUUGUUGAUGCAAAUACUAUUCUUUUGAGCAGCAAAACUAACUGAUUCUGCUCCUGUGUGUAAUAAGUUGUGGUAAGUGUUAGACGACACAUCUGCCACAUAUUUAUUAUUUUUUUGAUUUAUUUGUAUGGCUUUAAAGAGAAUGAACCUGCCACAGAGGUAUGAUUAAAAAGUUUGACUUAGUUUGAAAUCCACAGUCUGAUGUGACUGAGUCUCUCAAAACUGUUGUGGCUGUGCCAUUUAGUAAAAACUAGUAAUGAAGUGUGCACUUUUGGACCAGCUGUAGUUACUGCAUUUUCUUUCUUACUUUUGUAUUUCACAAUGAACCUACUAGUACAUGUACUAUUACUGUGUAUAAAUAUUUACUGACUACAUCCGUAUCAAUUGGCUUGAAAACUGCAAAAGCUGAUCUAAUGCUUGGUCUGUGUUUGACUUGAUGUGGCCACUAAAUGAUUACUGCCCUUGUAACAAAGAGUUUAUAUUUGAGUCUUCCAUAAAUGUGAUUACAUUUUUU